GUGCAGGCCCUGCUGUUGGCCCGGGAUCCGGUGGCACUUGCAGCAACAUUGGGAUUCGGCUCUAGCGCCGCACUUCUGGGCAUAGUCAGUGCUUGGGAUGGCGUCCUUGGCGCGGAGAUGGACAUGGGAGUAGCAAGACCUGUGACCCUUGACAUGACAGUCCUUUUGCCAAUGACCUUGCCAAGCACGACGACAGGAGCUGAUGCUUGCUUCCGAAAGAAGGCUUCACAAGGUGGCUGCGCUGGUCCCCACUCCCUCCGCGCCUUAUAUGUAGCAGCCUGGCAAGAGCCUGGCUUCCAGAGGACAUUGGAAUUGCCCGACUUGACUCGUAGGGGCUUCUGGCCACCUGACUCGAUCGAUGGGGCAGUCUACGUGCCGCACAAUGAUGUUUUCAAUUCAUUCCUCACCCGCUGGGUCCAAAUGUUUCCUGGCUCACCUACGUUGGAUGAAAUUGUCAACUACCUCAGGCAAUUUCAAGAAUUCUUGCCGGACGAAUACGUCGGAAGUGGUGGCAAGUACAGUUCCCUGGUGGAGCUGAACAACACAUUGAGCUGAAAGAAGAAUGGCUUGAACAUUGAUUUGAG